AAUUAACCUCCACAAUAACAAGUGGAAAAAUUACGGAAACAUUGUCUUUUACUAUAAACACCUCGGGCAUGGUGGGCACUGGCAUGGUUUAUGAUUUUCAAGCUUCGAGUGUGAAUAAAGAUGGAUAUCAUUUCAGUACCAAUGUAUCGGUCACUGUAAAAGCGUAUGCAUCGAUAGUUCGCAUUGAACCUCCAACGUUGGCGAUACCCACCAAGCCGGAAAACAACACUGUGAAAUGCUUUGCUAUGGGCUAUCCAAAACCAGUUAUAAAUUGGUAUAGAGGAAAUGUUACGGUCAGCAACAUAACAACACCUGGCAUUUAUCAGACUAACCAUUCUGAUCAUACAACAUUACACGUCGUAAAACAAGAUAAAACAAGUAUUGGAGAAUACACAUGCGUAGCUACUAAUAUUGUCGACGAACAUGUAAAACACGCUGUUGCUACAAUUCAAAUAACAGAUCAGUGUACGCCGAAGCCUUGCAAAAACGAUGGUCAGUGUACGCAAACAACGCAUUUUCCAUUCUUCAACUGUACGUGCCUGCCUCCGUACAACGGAUCCCGAUGUGAAAAUGAGGUGUUCUUUGAAAGAGGAGUUUGCAAAUAUCACAUCAAUUACAAUCACAAAAUGAAUUUUCUGACUGCAAAUGAGAGUUGCGGAAAAUUAGAAGGAAUACUUGCAAUACUAAAAGUGCAGAAAAUUCAGAUUUUUGUUGAAAAUCAAGUACAAGCAUUGUAUAACAACGUUGGUCUCAUUGAGCUGUGGAUAGGCGGUCAUAAAAACGAGAAAAAAUGGAUUUGGUUUGAUGGGUCAAGUAUCAAUUCGGAUACUGACUCUAAUUGGGCUCCUGGGAGGCCUGGGAACAAUAUUGCUUUAGCUCUUAGCUCCUGGUUAAGUAUAAAAGGAAAUAUGAGUCGUACGUGGGACAAGUUGCACUGGUUCGAUAAGACGAACACAAGCAAUAUUGGCUAUGUGUGUGAAGUUGCAGUAAGCGAUCCAUGUGUAUCAAAUGAAUCAAGGCCCGUAUGCCAAAAUGGAGGAAUGUGUAUUCGCAAAGGGUGUCAAAGAAAAUGCAUGUGCAACGCCGGAUAUGAUGGGGAACAUUGUGACAAUGAUAGAAUUAAUAUGGCGACAACUUCGCGCAAUUAUGUUACCGAAAUAAACAGAAGAAUCACAGUAACGCUCAAUGUUGACAGCAAUCACGGACUAAUCAAAGUUGAAUGCUUCCAAAAUUUGAACUUUUCAUAUUCUUUCCAAACAAAACGUAAUGUUUCAAACAAUGUUUCUAUCACAAUUGGUCCGUUUUCAAGUCAAAGUUUUCAAACAAGUUACACAUUCCGCGCAAGACCAGAAAUUGAUCCUGAAAGUUACUUCAGAGAGGAAAAUAUUACUGUCGUCGUCGAAGCGCCUGCACGAAUUAAAUAUAUGAGCUCAUCCUCUGAGAUAAUUCCAAACUCGAUGCAAAAUAUAACGUGUGAAGCAACGGGAGUUCCUCGACCCCAAAUCAAAUGGUAUAAAGGCAAUAAAGAAGUUUCUUCUGAAGUUAGUCAAACUGUGUUCCAAUCAAACACGUCAACUAUGGCCAUACUCCACCUGAAAAACGCCUUGCGAAAAGAUGCAGGAGUGUAUGCAUGCGUGGCAAGAAAUGUUGUUGGUGGUCGUAUGGAAGUAUAUGAAAAUACUUCUAUUCUGAGAGCCGAAAUUCUAUUGAAAGGUAAUAAUAUAAGUGAAAACAACAACUUUGCAACAGCUAUGUGUGCAUUUGAGGGAUAUCCAAUUCCUAAAAUUCACUGGAUGUUUUCUAAAAACGGAACAAAUCUAGCGAUUAAGCAAGAAGUCGGAUCAAUUUUUAAAACUUCUUCAACAAAUUCGACGCAAGAUGUUGCAAUAAAUACAAGCAAAUUAGACAUCGCACUCUUUGAAUAUUUGGGGAUGACAAACAUUUCCUGCUAUGCCAGCAAUUCGUUUGAAAACACGUCGACAGCAACAAUGAUUUUAAAUCGUAACCUUGCUGUAGGAUCAAAUUCAACAUACAUUGUGAUUGACAACAUGAGCGCGAGGGCAAAUUAUACAACAGCAAAAGAUCAUUGCUCAAGUAUAGGAGGAAGUCUGACAAAAAUCAAUAAUAACGAAACCCAAUUACUAAUAAAAUCAUUAGCAGACUACAGAAAAACUCCAGUAAGCCUAUUUAUCGGGGCGAAGCGGAGCAGAAAUGAUGGAGUUUGGAGAUGGAUAGAUGAGGAGAUUAUGUUCAACGAAGGUCGCAAUGAGAGCUGGGACACCAAUUCAAACAACUCUAAUGACAACUUUGAGGCCUGGGCCGAAGGUCAGUCAAACAAACAGAAUACUAACUGCGUAACAAUGAGGCAUCCCAGCUGGAAAUGGUAUGCAACAAAUUGCUCGGAAUCUAACGGAUUCGUUUGCCAACGAGGCGUAAUUGGAAAACCUACACAGAUGACAACUAUUGUGGAGCAAUGCAGUGCAAACAUAACAGUGUCAUGGCGUCCAGCAAUAGAAGCUAUCGGGAUCAAGCACACCUUGGAGCUGAUAAAAGAUGAUGCAGACAGGAUAAAGGCGGUUGCUCCGGAAGUUGUAAUACCAACAAAUUCAGAUAAUAUCUACAGACGACUAUCAAAUCUAGAACAUUCUACAGUAUAUCAAGUGAAGAUCACCGUCUGUUCAGAUAUAUGUACCCACCCUUCAGUGACAACUAGUACUGUGCGAACGGAUGCGACCCUUCCUGAUCCGGUAAAUCAGUUACGUGUUAUUAUGUUGAAAAACUCCAAAACGUGUCACCUUUCGUGGAAAGCAAACAAUACCGAUGGAAUUACAGCAUUCAAGAUUACAUCGCAAGCUAAGAUAGCCCAAGUCGCAUCAACGACGUACGCCCAGUGGUCAAUGACUGAAGAGUUCGACACAUCAAGCGAUGACUUUUCAAAAAAUAUUACAGUUGGAUUAAACAUGAACUACACAUUCACUGUGCGUGCUAAAACAUGCGCCGGCUUGGGUCAACCCGUAGUUAUAGAAAAUGGCUGUGUCACGGAACAAGGGCCUCCAGCAUCAAUACUACCUCCGACAAUACAAAUUCCUUCGAAUGGAUUAGCAGAGGUUAGCAUACCUGCGCCAGAUGAAUCCCACGGUCCAAUUACCUGCUUUUACAUCAUACUUAUUUACAAGCCAGAUGCCAACCACACAAAUUUGGAUUACAGACAUGAACAAUUGUUGGUCGCGAUGGAGAAAGCUAAAUCGAAGAAAUUAUUGAACAACGAUGCUUAUAUCGCAAUUGCAAUUACAAGGUCUGAUGUAGCAAGCAAGAUAGAUAAAAAUGAAACAUUCACUCGAAAAUUGGGAGAUGAAUCAAAGAGUUCGUGCAACUUGAGUUUGCCUUCUGAUUUGAAGAGGGUAAAGCGUUCGGACAGCAAUAUACGAUUCGUUGAAGGAAAUAAUCGAAAUCUGGAGAACGAAGCCACAUUCGGUGUACAGAUCGUAACAACCACUUAUGGAGAGAACGGACAGACUUAUUUUAAAACAAGCAAUACCACUUUAUUUUACAAAAAAGCGCCAACGGACCCCGAGCAACCAGGUGGAAACUCUUACGUUGCGGCAAUCGUUGUGGCGAUUAUUGCUGUAAUUUGUCUCGCUGCAAUCGUCGGAAUUCUUUUCAAAAAGAAAAGAGACACGUUGAAAAAAGCUUCGUUUGAUAUAGGCAUGCAACAACUUGGAGAGAGGACGGACCACGCAUAUGCAAAUUUUGCUAUGGACGAUACCGAACCUAGAUCAGCCACCAGUAUACCAAUGGAUCAAUUGCUCAUUAUUUACAACUCCAUGAAAGCAAAAGAUAGUCAAAAGUUUAGAGACGAAUUUGAGGCUUUAAAAGAAGAAGCUAAAGCAAUUGAAUACUCCACGGAAAUCGCCUCUGCCUCCGCAUUAAAAAUGAAAAAUAGAUACAAGAAUAUACUUCCGUGCGAUACUUCAAGAGUGAUUCUUAGAGGUGAGGGUGAUGCAACCUACAUCAACGCAAGCUAUAUUAAGGGUUACAAGAAAAAUCAAAAGUUCAUUGCAUCUCAAGGACCUUUACCAAACACAGCUAAUGAUUUCUGGAGAAUGGUGACAGAAAAGAACGUCUCAGUUAUUGUAAUGCUGACAAAUUGCAUCGAGGGUGGAAGAGCAAAAUGCGAAAAAUACUGGCCCGAUCAAGGAGUAACAAGAAUGUACGGUGAUGUCAAACUGGAAAACAAAAACGAAGCAACUUAUGGAAGUUUCGUAGUUCGUAGAUUCGCUCUCACUACGGAAAGUAAUGAGGAAAAACCCGUCUAUCAAUAUCAUUUCAUCCGGUGGCCUGAUCACGGAGUACCGGUAACAACAACAAAUUUGAUCAAAUUUUAUAACUCAGUGAUGUCGCAGCACGCUAAGACCAACAAAAACUCGCCUAUUAUUUGUCACUGCAGUGCUGGGGCUGGACGUACAGGCGCGUUUAUCGCAUAUGACUAUACACUGGAAGAAGCCGAAGCAAAGAACUCCAUUGAUGUCUACGCAUGCGUUCUAAAAAUGCGGGAAUAUCGCGUGCAGUUUGUUCAGACCUGUGAUCAGUACAUUCUCGUUCACAAACUACUUUUGGAAUGGUAUUUGAUGAAAGAAACAGAUAUUGAUCAAGAUUCCGUGUCAAAGGUUAUGGAAAAUAAACCAGAAAUCGUUGAAAGGUUGGAGAAAGAGUUCAAAAACCUCUCGUUGGUCGGCCCAAUAAAUCAGACCAAACAUGGCGACACGUCUAGGAAUCGUGCGAUGAACAGAUGCAAAGAGAUUGUGCCAUAUGAACGAAAUCGUGUCAUCAUACUCAAGCAAGUGAACGAAAUCGAUGUGCCUUAUAUAAACGCAUCUGUAAUCGAGACGUAUGAUACCACAAGAAUGUUUGCUACGCAAGGACCAAUGAAAUCAUCCAUCGAAUAUUUUUGGAGAUGUAUUAUUGAUAAUAGUAUUAAUACUAUCAUAAUGCUGACGAAGUGCACAAAUGAUAAAAAGGAACAAUGCGCACAGUAUUGGCCCGAAUCAAGUGAGGAUGAUAUAACGAUAAGGAAUAUGACGAUCAGUCUCAAACAAGAAUUCGUAGGCGACAUAAUUGAAAGAGAGAUGAAUAUUUCACGUGAAACAUACUCACGGAAAAUUGUACAGUAUCAGUACACCGGAUGGAAAGCUGACAAAUCACCAUGUGAUAUUUCUUCCGUUCUUGAACUUGUUAACAAAAUGCACGAAAAUCUUGCGCAAACAGAAGCAAGUGCAGCGCUGGUUCACUGCAGCGAUGGGGCCGGCCGUACUGGUGUUUUCUGUGCAAUUGUCAACCUUAUUGCGAGAGUCAAGAACGAAAACAAGAUUGACGUGUUUCGGGCGGUGAAAGAUUUGAGGGACUGUAGACCCGGCAUGGUUCAGACCCUGAAACAAUAUAAUUUCUGCUACGAAGCCAUCUCUUCUUUUCUGACAACGUCCAACCUUUAUUGCGACAUCAACGACAAAGAAGAAGAAAGUGAGGACCCUGAAUUACAUCCAUAUUCUGACAUCGAUAUUAAUGAAGUAGCAGAAGUAUCCACGGACAAAAAGAAAUAGCAUAGCAUUUUCUAAAUGCAAAUUUAUAUAUCAAUAACAUUGAACUAUGUAUAUAUACUAGUAUGUGUAAUAGUUUUUACGGUUAUAUAUGUCUAUUGGCAGUUGAGAUGGCGGGAUUGAUGACGCAAAAAUUUUUCCCAAUAUGAUUCAUUUUUCCACGGUAACACAACUCCCAAAUAUAAGUCGAAGUAGCAUAAUAUAAUGAUCUCGCAAAAACCUCAUUGAAAAUAAAUUCAAUUUUAAAAUAUCAGAAAUAAAAUCUUUCCGUUGCGCUAUAAUCUAUGACUGAAAACUCAUAUUUCUGGCAAAUAUGAUACAUUGUGUCAAUAAAGUUACUUUAUUGAAAACUUAUACUUUGACUACAUGUAUGAACGUAUUGAAAUUAGGAAUAAAGAAUUGGAACUUUCAAAUAUACAUAAGAAAACUUCUCAAAGAACAAACAUAACUAAUAUGAAUUAUCGAUAUAUAUUACUGAUUUUUUCUUUUUACGUUUUUUACUUAUUGAGUUGCAACUACACUCAAAUACAUAUAUAUUCACUUUAUCACGAUGCAAGUUUUAUCAGCAAGUUCAGUAUGUGUAAAGGCGUACUUUUUAAAUGUUGUUUUCAAUGUUUCAAUAUUGUUUCAAUUAUGCACAACUAUAUAUAUUCAGUCACAAGAUAUAUAUAUAUAUCCGUGACAGAAUGCAUUUUAAUUUUGUUUCUAUUAUUUGGUAUAAGAUAAAAUAUAUGCAAUAAAACCGGACUCAAAAUAUACAAAUCGAAUGCAAUUAGUACGUAUUUAUAAAAAUCUCGGAAAUAGAAAUAAAAAACUGUUGAUGGAAGUUUAUGCAAACCAAUGUCAUGAAACAUCAGCUGAAAUGAUAUUACUGGUAUAUGCCACACUGAUACAGCAAUGUCAAUAUGAGAUGAUAGGUCGGAUAAAAAAAAAUAUAACAGCGUCGCGUAGGCCUAUGAAAAAUGAUGACAAUAAUACAGUACUAGGAGUAAAAAAAACAUAUGAGUAAUAUUAAUAAGGAAGUCUUGAAACAUGUUCUGAACUUUUCUAACUGUUAUGCGAAGGGAAGAAUUUUUAUUUCCGACUAUAAUUUAAAUUUCAGUGGCUGACUACUUUAUUUGCUCUCAAAACAACUAUGACUAAAAGCAAUUUUUAAUUCUUGGAGAGCUACCAAAAAAAAUACUAAUUAUCAUAGCGCAGACGUCUGUUGACUUUGACCCUGUGAAACAGGCAGAUGUUGGAAAUAAACAAACGAGCAGUAAACUGUGCCUUUAACGUAUUUAAGGGACCAUAAGGCGUACUUUAAAACGUGCGCCUCAUGAGGCAAUGCACCUAAUGUAUGGAUCAUUUACUGCUUUAUUGCCCAUACUAAAAUCCAGUGGCGUUAUUGCUUUAAAAACAGUUCCGUCUUAUAUGUAGCCUUUAUGUAUGAAUGAAAAUUCAAUCUAGGUGAUUUGAUAGUGCACGUUAUAAUCAUUGUUUGCGAAAAAACACAUUGACUGGAUGAUUAGGAGGCCUCAGUCUUAUAAGUUAAAUUGGCCUAUUGGCUAAAAAAGUAGUUUGUCAUCCAAAUUUUACUAGAGCUUUCAAAUUUCUGUUAAUUGCUUCUGAAUAUUAGUGCUAAACGCCAAUGCUUAUAACCUUGUUAAAAAGGUGUGCAUCACGAUUUCACAAAAUUUCGAAAGUACAUUUCAAGUUUGUUUGCCACUGCCUUCAUUUGGUUCAUAAUCAGUAUUUUAGUCUGUGUUUACAUAAGUUUUUAUAUAAAAUAUUGCGCGCCUUAUCUGUCAUUACGUCUAUCGGCACUUGUUAUUGCCCCAAUCGCCAAAAAUUAAGUCGAUAAAAAGCAACAUGGAACUAUCAAUCGAGAUAAAAAUAAAUUAAUUUAUGAGCAUGGUGCUUUGUUAAUACACUAUACUGCUCUCUGUGGAUUUUACAAUUUAUUGGAUAAUCAUUUGAUUCAUAUUCAGGUAGUUGCACUGUGGAGGAUUAAAUGAUAUGCAACAUCUUAUUGAUCUAUUAAUUAUUGAGUUGAGUAUUGAG